CAGGACGCCUGGGCAAGACAAGAGAAGCAAGAAUGUCAUAUCUUCCACACAGAUUUUAACAUUCGAGAUACCUAAAAAGGAGAGGAAAAUGAAAUUUGGGGAACACUUAGCUGCCCAUACUACUCCAGAAUGGCGGAAACAGGACAUUCAGUACGAGACGAUGAAGGAAGCUCUUUACGAGUGUGUAGAAGGGGUGCCAUCAGCAGAAGAGGUCGACCCAGAAACCAUUGAAAGAUAUUAUGCCAAAUUUGAUGAAAAAUUCCUCCAGAAAUGUGACAAGGAACUAAAAAAAAUCAACACAUUUUUUGCAGAAAAACUAGCAGAAGCAGUCAGAAAGUAUGAAAGUCUUAAGGCUGAGCUGGAGGCUUUCAAACGGAUCCACAUGGCAAGCCAGGAGACCAAUUUGCGCAGACGAAAACAAGGUGGUCAGCUUCAGGGACUGCUAAAACUCCCAGCACACGUUGUGCAGGACAAAUCUGCCAAAACAACAAGGAAAAUUCACGAUUUAAAAUUGGCCUACAGCGAAUUUUACUUGAGUCUCAUCUUGUUACAAAAUUACCAGACUUUGAAUUUUACAGGAUUUCGUAAGAUUUUAAAGAAGCACGACAAGCUGCUGCAAACCAACAGUGGAGCAGAAUGGAGGCAAGCCCAUGUAGAAGUAGCACCAUUUUAUACCAGCAAGGAGGUGGAAAGGUUGAUCUCAGAAACAGAGAAUACUGUCACUUCGGAAUUAGAAGAAGGAGACAGGCAGAAAGCAAUGAAAAGAUUGCGUGUCCCUCCCUUAGGAGAUCAGCAAAUUCCAUGGACAACAUUUCGUGUUGGGUUAUUCUCAGGGAUAUUUAUUGUCUUGGUGGUGACAGUAAUAAUAUCAGCUAUUUACACCGAGGAAGUUGACUGGAAAACAGCACUGCGGAUGUAUCGUGGCACAUUCCUGAUCAUUUUCUUCCUCUUCCUUCUUGGGAUUGACACAUAUGGCUGGAGGUCAUCCGGGGUCAACCAUGUACUUAUAUUUGAACUGGACCCAAGAAAUCAUCUUUCUCAUCAGCAGAUUUAUGAGAUUGCCUGCUUCUUUUCUGUGAUCUGGGCCAUAAGCCUGAUGGCAUAUCUCAAGUUCUAUUUCAUCCCAGUGUUUGCCAACCCACUGGCUUUAGUGGGCUUCUUGUUCCUGUAUCUAGUCAACCCUUUGCCUGUGCUGCAUAAAAAGUCAAGGUUCUGGCUGCUUAGGAUUUUGUGGAGAAUCAUAGCUGCUCCUUUCUACCAUGUAGAAUUUGCUGAUUUCUGGCUGGCAGACCAGCUGAACAGUUUGACCCUGGUGAUACUUGACCUGCAGUAUUUCAUAUGUUAUUAUGUUGCAGAGGUGGACUGGCUGGGAGAUGCUAAACAGCCAGGGAUUUGCUCACACAGCUUGCCAGUACAUAUAUCCACUGCCAUUGUUGCUGUUCUUCCUGCCUGGUGGCGCUUUGCCCAGUGCCUUCGUCGUUAUCGAGACUCAAAAUUGGUGUUUCCCCAUUUAGUCAAUGCAGGGAAAUAUUCUACUACUUUCCUUGUGGUGCUGUUCUCAUCGCUGAAUGCUUGGUAUAAAGACCAACAUGGGCAUGCUGUGAUCCAAAACAAUUUAUUCUUCUACCUGUGGGUGGCCGCGGCAGUGUUGAGUACUGCCUACACUUAUACCUGGGAUAUUAAGAUGGACUGGGGACUAAUGGACAAGAAGGCUGGGGACAACAAGUUCCUUAGGGAGGAGAUAGUGUAUGCUUAUAAGGCCUAUUACUACUUUGCCAUAUUAGAAGACUUCUUUCUGAGAUGUACAUGGACCAUAGUUGUGUCUGUAGGAGAGAAUGAAAUGUUGAACAAUGAAAUACUACGCACAGUAUUAGCCAUGCUUGAGGUUGUCAGGAGAUUCAUAUGGAAUUUCUUCCGUCUUGAGAAUGAGCAUUUAAAUAACUGUGGUCAAUUCAGAGCUGUGCGGGACAUCUCAGUCGUCCCUAUAGCUGCCAGUGAUCAGGCCCUACUGGAGGACAUGAUGGACCAGGAGGAUGGAGUGAUCAAUAGAAAGAAAAAAGGGCGGAGUUAAUGGGUCAGUUUCUGAAAGGGAGGCAUAUUAAUAAACGAUAAAUAUCUGUGAACAACUGAGAAAAGGGUAAGCAACAAAAAGAUUGAGGUCCAAGCACCAGGAAAUGUCAUAUGUACUAAUGGAAGAAAAAGUGGGACUGCAAUGUGAAAUGAAAACU